CAGUAAGUCAACGAUGGUGAGGACAUAUUCCUUCGAGUAUCGGAGACAACAUCCUGAAAUGUUUCUACAUUUUUGUACAGAAUGUAAACCCCAACGUCGCUUCAAGAAGUUUUCCGAUAAAAAUAUGCACUUUGAAAUGAAGCAUGGUAAUGGAAAACACGCGGAUGAUAUAAGUAAUUAUAUCUUGAGUUCUAUGACAGCAAGUGAUCUUCAAACUUUUGUCACCAAUGAAAUUGAACCUGACACAGCAUUCAAUUCCUGUUGUAAAGAAGCUGUAAACUUCCUUUGCCAGGUCAUGAAAGAAAACUUUCCAGAAACACUGAGACCUUCAGAAAUCAAAAAAAGUGGUUCACUUGGAAAAGGCACAGCAGUCAAUGAAAAGUCAGAUGCAGAUCUUGUAGUUUUCUUGGUACGUUUACAAACGAUACCUAAACUUCGGCGUGAAAUGUUAUCAGUUAAAGAAGAAAUGAUAUGUUAUCUUGGUAAGGAGAAGAAUAUUACCGUAGAGGGAACAACACCCUACGCCGUCAAAGUAUGCUUAUCCUGCGAUUCUGGCCAUAGCCAUGACGUGGACAUACUUCCAAGCGUUGACAUAUUAAAGAAAAAAACCAAAGAAGAAAUUUAUCGAGAAAUGGAUUCCAAAUCAGAAAAAUAUAGAAAAUUCUACUCAGCGGCACUAGCACCAUUACAAAUUUCAUUUGUUUCCAGUAGGCCUCCUAAAUUGAAAACUCUCAUUCGUUUGGUAAAAUACUGGAGGAAAACCUUCUUUGAAGAGAGUACUGGUUCACAACGACUACCCACCUCCUAUCCUCUGGAGCUUAUAACUAUUGGGGAGUGGGAAGACGCUGGAAGUCCAGAAAAUUUUGAUUUAAGAAAAGGCUUCUACCAUGUUUUGAGAGCCAUCACAAACUACACAAAAUUAAAACGUGCAUGGAAAACAAAUUACGACGAUUUUAAAUGCAAUAAUCAAUUCUAUGUGAUGGAUCCGGCCAAUCCAUUCAACAAUGUAAUGGAGAAAUGUAACUGGAAAAAGGUGGCACGCAAAACGCGAAAGUUCCUUAACCAACCAUUGUUUUUUGGUUUAUCAAGCUUUGAAGGAUGGUUGAAAAAUUAGAAUUCUUUUGUGGGCUGUGUAUUCCAACAUUU